AUGGCCAGACAUCGAUCGGGCCUGGCCCUGGGCCUCUUGGCCUUCUUCAUCCUUCUAUUCUCCCCCCUCGCCUUCGUUCAGACGGCGAACGCGCAGGGUGUUGAGGAGAUGGGAACUGUUAUUGGUAUUGACUUGGGUACUACAUACUCCUGCGUCGGUGUGAUGCAGAAGGGCAAGGUCGAGAUUCUCGUAAACGACCAAGGAAACCGAAUUACCCCCUCUUACGUGGCCUUUACCGAAUCUGAGCGUCUCGUCGGUGAUGCCGCGAAGAACCAAGCCGCCUCUAACCCCACCAACACCAUCUUCGACGUCAAGCGUCUUAUUGGCCGCAAAUUUAACGAGAAGGAGGUUCAGUCUGAUAUCAAGCACUUCCCCUUCAAGGUCGUGAACAAGGAUGGCAAGCCCAUCGUUCGAGUGGAAGUGGGCGGAGCCGAUAAGGACUUCACUCCCGAGGAGAUCUCGGCUAUGAUUUUGGGCAAGAUGAAGGACGUCGCCGAGGGCUACCUUGGAAAGAAGGUUACCCACGCCGUCGUCACCGUCCCCGCUUAUUUCAACGACAACCAGCGCCAGGCUACCAAGGAUGCCGGUGUUAUUGCUGGCCUCAACGUUCUCCGUAUCGUCAACGAACCCACCGCCGCCGCUAUCGCCUACGGUCUUGACAAGACCGACUCCGGCGAGCGCCACAUCAUUGUCUACGAUCUUGGUGGUGGUACUUUCGAUGUGUCUCUCCUCUCCAUUGACGAGGGUGUCUUCGAGGUUCUUUCCACCGCUGGUGAUACUCACUUGGGUGGUGAAGACUUCGAUCAGCGUAUCAUCAACCACUUCGCCAAGGCCUUCAACAAGAAGCACAACGUCGAUGUUACCAAGAACGCCAAGACCAUGGGUAAGCUCAAGCGUGAGGCUGAGAAGUUGAAGCGAUCGCUCUCUUCCCAGAUGUCCGCCCGCAUUGAGAUCGAGGCCUUCUUCGACGGCAUUGACUUCUCCGAGACCAUGACCCGCGCCAAGUUUGAGGAGCUCAACAUGGAUCUCUUCAAGAAGACUCUCAAGCCCGUUGAGCAGGUUCUUAAGGAUGCCAAGGUCAAGAAGGACGAGAUUGACGAUAUUGUCCUUGUCGGUGGUUCCACCCGUAUUCCAAAGGUUCAGGCCCUCAUUGAGGAGUACUUUGGUGGCAAGAAGGCUUCCAAGGGUAUCAACCCCGAUGAGGCCGUCGCCUUUGGUGCCGCCGUCCAGGCUGGUGUCCUCUCUGGUGAGAAGGGUACCGAGGACAUUGUCCUCAUGGACGUCAACCCGUUGACCCUUGGUAUUGAGACCACCGGUGGAGUUAUGACCAAGCUCAUCCCCCGCAACACUCCCAUCCCCACUCGCAAGAGCCAGAUCUUCUCCACCGCCGCCGAUAACCAGCCCGUCGUCCUUAUCCAGGUUUACGAGGGUGAGCGUUCCAUGACCAAGGACAACAACCUCCUCGGCAAGUUCGAGCUUACUGGCAUCCCCCCGGCGCCUCGUGGUGUUCCUCAGAUUGAGGUCUCUUUCGACCUUGAUGCCAACGGUAUUCUCAAGGUGUCUGCCCAUGACAAGGGCACUGGCAAGACUGAGUCUAUCACCAUCACCAACGACAAGGGUCGUCUCACUCAGGAGGAGAUUGACCGCAUGGUUGAGGAGGCCGAGAAGUUCGCCGAGGAAGACAAGGCCCAGCGUGAGCGCAUCGAGUCCCGAAAUGGCCUCGAGAACUACGCCUUCAGCCUCAAGAACCAGGUCGGCGACGAGGAUGGUCUCGGUGGCAAGAUCGACGACGAGGACAAGGAGGCCAUCCUCGACGCUGUCAAGGAGGCUCUCGACUGGCUUGAGGAGAACGGCGCCACCGCCGAGGCCGAGGACUUUGAUGAGCAAAAGGAGAAGCUUUCGGGCGUCGCCUACCCCAUCACUUCCAAGAUUUACGCCGACGGCCCUAGCGGCGCUGGUGAUGAUGAUGAGCCCCCGAGCCACGACGAGUUGUAA